UUUUAGCACCUCGUUCAUCUGUGAGACUCUCUCUCUCUCUCUGUGUGAGUGUGUGUGUGGUUUUUUUUGUUUUGUUUUGUUUCUAUGCUUUCUUUCUGUCUGUACUAUGAAAGCUAAGUUGAACUGGAGUCAAAUUCCUCGUGUGUGUAACAUACCUGGCAAUAAAGUGCUUCUGAUUCUGAUUAAACACAUUCAAGGAAGCUUGAGUUUCAGUUGUGCAAUGUGAAGAUGAGGAAAUGUUUUAGCACCUCGUUCAUCCUACUGGCUGUGUCGGUCCUGGGUGUCGUACUGAACGAUGAUGUCUAUGAGAAUGAACGCGAAGGCAGUGCUGCGGUCAUCCAGUGUCCUUACGCUGCAAACUAUAAAACUUACCCCAAAUAUUUCUGUAAAGGAGUUUCUAUAGACUGUAAGACUCUUCUAGAAACUGAUGGUCAGACAGACUGGAUGCUUCAAGGAAGACUGUCUCUGUAUGACAACACUGAGAAAAGCAUGUUUGUGGUGACCAUCAAUAAUCUGAGCAUCGUGGAUGAGGGACAAUAUGGUUGUGGAGUCAAAAUAACAGGACAAGACUUGUUUACUGUUGUCCAUCUGACUGUGCGGAAGGGUUUAAAAAAACAACUUUUACCCACAUUGUUGACCAGCGUCUCCACUUUCACUGCUCAAGGAAGUCCCAUUUCUGCAGUAACAAGCAGACCAGGAUGUCAGACAGACAGCACAGGAAGUUCUUUCUAUGUCAAGAAGUCACUUUCAGGAAUCUUUGCCUGUGUUGGAGGGGCUUUUGUUGGAGUGCUGCUGCUGUUGUUAAUCAUUCUGUGUGUCUUCAAAUGCAGAGUAAUUAAAGGCAGUGCAGGCACAACGUGGCCCAAUUCAACAAAGAAAAUAGAGAACAUGAAAGACGUCUCCAUAUAUGAGGGAAUACAGCACAGCAAUCCUGCAGGAGAGAACAUCUCAGAAACCCCAGACAUAAUGUCCACUCCGAAUCCUUAACCAGCCUCAGAACCAAUCAGAAGCAAGCACCACACCUUCGUGACACUUUGCAAAACAAUCAUGUCUCCUGUAGGAUGAGAUUGAACAGUGACAUUACUGAGAACCAUGGAGUCACAGGAGCACUGGGAAUUAAUGAAUGAAUAAAAAUAACAAGAAAUAAAAGAAUACAAAAAUAAAUGCAGCAAUAAAAAUAAAGGAAUAGGAAAAUAAAUAAAAACAAAAAUAAAAGAAUAAGAAAAU